UACAUUUCCCAUGGUGCUUGUGUCAGAAGAGGGGUUUGGCUUGUUGGGCGCGCGAUGCGAAGAAAAGUAUUUGAAAGAAAAAAUGGCGGAAAAACAUACAGGAGCUGGACAAGAAGGUUGUGUCAGUGUCGCCGUUGCUGGUGAAUUUCCAGAUGAGGUCAACUCGGUGAAAUCAACACAGAAAAGAUGCUCCACAAGCCCCAGCACAGUUCCCCCAAACAAAUCUCAUCGUACCGUUUCCCCCACCAAAUCGACGGCAGGGGAAGGCCAGUCAGAAAUGGACACACUUGUAAUGGAGGGACCUUCGAGUCCCACUGCACGGAGGAAAUCCUGGAGGAGAGCAACCCUAACCCGACGCUCUCUCCCAGCCCUUCCCAACCCAUAUCAGGUUUUGGGCAGGAGCAUAAGUACAUCCCUACCACAGCAAGAGAGGCUCGAGAAAUUUAUGAAGGCAAUAAUGAGGGUGGAAAUAGAAAGAACUCAGAAUUGGCUGCAGUCAGUACCGAACAGCUCACUGGAGUCUUUUCAAAAACAAGUGGAGCGCAUCGAGAAAGAUCUGGAUUGUCUUACUGAAAGCAUACGCAAAGAACCAGGGAAUGAUGAACUCUCUGCUCCAGCAGCUAGUGACCCUGCAGUGCAUAAGGCCAAGGAAAAGGUCCAGAAGGCUAUCAAUAGGCUACAAGCUGAAAGUGAAUCUUGGGGGGCACUGUUGAACAAACACAGGAGUAAAGCGGAGGAACUGGAGAGGAAAGUGGCACAGGGCCAGGAAGGAGGCAUAUCAUUAGACUCAACAUCUGUGGCCCAGUCAUCACAGUACCAUUGCAUACUGAGUAAACCCGACUACAACGCUCUCCUCUGUAGACAACAGCCCAUACUCCACACUAUGACAAUCAUUAUGGACAAUCAAACUAAGAUGGUUAAAGACCUUUUGUCCAUCAAGGAGCAGUCAGAGUUAUUGUUGAAAGAGACCAGUGGCAGAUUGGCGGCAGAGGCCGGAAUCCAGGAUCUUUCACCUGACAUCAUCAAGAAUUACCUGGCUGCACCUUUACCCUCCUCAACUACAUAGUCCCUUUGGCAGGAGGCAAGAAUAAGCAAUCAAUCAUAAUUGGCUGUGACUCAUUAUGGCUUAUUAAUGAAGCUCAUAUAUUUGCGUACCUCCUGAUAAAUUCACUGACAUAUGAAUUGAAAACAUUCAUGGGCAAUUGUUUUAUUUGUCUUGAAUUAUUACAUACAGGUAUAUUUUAAUGUGUUCUUUGUCAAAUAAACCACUUCUGUCAGCUGAAUGUCUGAUUGUGGCAAUAGUUCAGGUAAUCCAUGUGUUUGACCAGCAGGUGGCAGUGGCUGGCUAUACAAUGUUAUGAGAAGCUUGGUGAAUGGCCAGUGUGGAUUUUUCUGUUAGGCCUUCAUUAAUUGUAUUACCUGUAAAACCUGAAGCUGUUAAUACUAGACUGCAAGCUGUUAGGAAUUAAGGAACAGGUCAAUGUUUCCAAAACCCUUGUAAAAACAUCCCCCCCAAAUAAGUAUUUGCUCCUUGUUCGAAAUUUGUAUUAGAAGGAAACUUUAAGUGGUUUGAUUACUACAAUUUAUAAAUAUCCUAAAUCCUGUUGGUGUGUGUGUGUGUACAUAUAUAUAUAUAUACAUACAUAUAUAUGUGUGUAUAUAUAUAUAUAUAUAUGUGUGUGUAUAUAUAUAUAUAUGUAUGUAUAUACAUAUAGUGUUGUUAAACCUGUGAAGAAAUGCCAAUUUAUCAACUGAAAUGUACUUGGGAUGGAAAAAGUCAAGUUUGACCAAUAUUGAAUAUAUAAUCUCCAUAAAGUCUUUUUUUAUUUACAUCCUUUUUACACGCUCAUCCUCAGUCACAUUUACUCUUUCUUUGGUGCUGCAUCUAUUUCACUUCAUCAGUGUCCCCUGACCAUUCAGGAGGAGGCCCCUCCCCCACCGUGACUCACCCCCAUCUCUUGCAUUUGGCUGGGUCACUGAUGCAGAACGAAGCUUUGACAUUGUACCAGUCAGUCAACGCUUUGUUCGCUAUCACUCCUAUCACUUGGACCCAUUCACUCAUUAAUGUUCAUACUUAAUUUUUCUCUGAUGAAUAGAAAAAUCCCCCCUUCCACCAUUGACAACAAUAAAUGAAGUGUGAAUGACUCUA